UCCCCAAGCGAAAAGCCAUCGCGGGCGUCCGCCAGGUGCUUCUGGUGGCUUCCGGCAAAGGCGGCGUGGGGAAAUCCACCACCGCAGUCAACCUGGCGCUGGCGUUGAUGGCCAACCAGCCGGUGAGGAAGCCCUCCGAUCAAGUUGAAUGGACUUCUGGGCGCCACACGGAAACCGCCGCCGCACCUCGCCAUGGAUCGCCGCCAGCCUGGCCGGCAAAUAAUUGAGGCCCGCUGCGGCGCUAUCAGUUUUUUGAACCAAAAACAGGGCAUGGCAAAAUAAAGACAUACAUACAUACAUACAUACAUAAAUAAGCAAUACACUGAUGUCCUCAAUGAUCAUCACAAUGAAUUACUGGGAUCACUACCGUAAUCCAAAUCCCAGUUAUUCAUCAGAAAACCCCAACCCGGCUAUUUUUGGACCACUUUGUACUGCAAGCAGUUUUCAGUGCAAAGACUCGAAAAGGAAAACACAGAUGAUGGAAAAUGUCCAAAAAGGCCGAACGGAACAAAUGUACUGUCACUAGUUCAGUGAAUCCGUGCGCGACAAAGCCCGCAGCGUACAAAGCCAUUCAAAGCCGUUCCUGCUCCUGCGCCGGCACGUAGGGCAGAUACGAGAUGAAAACAAACCAUGAAGUGAAAGCGCCAAGUCGCGCCUCAAAAUGUUCACAGCAAGAUAUCAAAGCUCGCGCCACAAGAUGAAUACAAUUGUGGCGUGAGCGGCGUCAUUUGCUUUUUGCACAUUGUUCCUUAGAAGCGGAGCCCAGAAAAUGUUGCACAAGUGGCGAAGAGCUGCAGACGCACUCCAUGUGGUUCUCCUUGAUGCCUUUUGUACUUUCAGUCCAAGGCGGUUGGGCUGCUGGACGCUGACGUCUAUGGGCCGUCCGUUCCCAAGAUGAUGAACCUCAAGGGAAACCCGCAGCUCACUGACGCAUGUCGAUGGGCUUCCUGGUGGACGACGACGCCCCCAUCGUGUGGAGGGGCCUCAUGGUCAUGUCGGCCCUGGACAAGCUGCUCAGACAGGUGGAGUGGGGCUCUCUGGACUAUCUGGUGGUCGACAUGCCUCCUGGCACAGGCGACGUGCAGCUGACCAUCACGCAGAGCAUCCCCAUCGCAGGUGCCGUGAUCGUGACCACGCCUCAGGACAUCGCCCUGCUGGACGCUGGCAGAGGAGCCCAAAUGUUUCGCAAAGUCAACGUGCCGGUUCUGGGCCUGGUGCAAAACAUGAGCACGUUCGAGUGCCCCAAGUGCGGCCAGCAGACGGCCAUCUUCGGCUCGGACGGCGCCAGGCGCCUGGCGGACUCGCUGGGGGUCGCUUUAUUAGGUGACAUCCCUCUUCACGUCCAGAUCAGGCAAACGUCCGACAGAGGCGAGCCCGUCGUCGUGUCUUCGCCCGGCAGCCCGGAGGCGCUGUCCUACUUGAACCUGGCGAGCGCCGUCGUCCGCAGGCUGGACGAGCUCGCCGCUUGACGGCCCCGGAGCAACUUUGCAAGAGAGAUGACCCAAAAGCAUCCUGCUACUUUUGCCCAAGUUCCUCCAGUCAUUUCUCCAAAUGGUGGACUCGUUUGGGAGCGCGACAUUUGAGCCAUCGCGUGGAUUUUUGGGGCCUGCCGAAGCAACUUCUUGCCAAAAUACCAAAAUCGCACGACGCCGUCACUUCUGAUAGUGUUGAAAAAUUCUGAGCAUUUUCCUUGUGAACACUCCCUUUUAAAAAAAGGACCAAUCAACCCUAACCCCC